AUGGCGUCCAGAAUCGUCGCGGAGCCCCUGGACCCGCGCGACGGCUUCAAUUGGGUGUUCCUGGUUGAGCUGCUCAUAUGCGGCAUCCUGACCAUCUUCUUCCUCUUCUACUUCAACCGCCUCUUUGCGACCCUCGUGUCCUACGGCAUUCGCGCAUACACCUGGCGCACUUUCAACGCCUACAUCGACAUCACCUCGCUCCAAAUCUCCCUACUGGGCGGUCGCCUCUUCUUCAAGGACAUCCGGUACCACGGCCACAACGAGACGAUACUGGUCCAUGGCGGAUACAUCACCUGGAACUAUUGGUUGCGGCGGGUCAAAGAUGCGGGCGUAUAUACUGACGACGACCCUGCUUCAGAGACCGAUAGCGAGCGCGUACCAAGCACACCCAGGAGUCGGUCGGAUAGUCGAAGUGGGAAUGUCGACAAGGCAGAAAAGGGAGGCAAACAGACGCGGAAGGAGUUACCAUGUCGCUUCUCCAUCAAGAUAUCGGGCAUCGAAGCUUUCAUGUACAACCGGAGCCCUGCAUACGACGGCAUCAUAGACGCAGUCAAGAAGAAGGCGGAGAGCGCAGCCCAGGACGAGAAAUCGCCCGAGGGAUCAGUAGCGGAUUAUGACAAGGCGGAGAAGGACGAGCACCACCACCACAAUAAGCUGAAGAAGUCGCAGACCGAAGGUGACAAGAAUGUCACCCGAGCCGAUACGGGCCGAUCGACCUCGUCAAGUCCCAAGAAAGCCGAUAUUCCAGCCUUCCUCAGGCUCCUUCCCGUUCAUAUUGAUAUUGUGAAGGGCGCCAUCGUCGUCGGAAACGAGCACACGCUGGCCGUUAUAACCGCACAAAUCGAGAAAGCUACCGGCACCAUCGACGCCUCCACCUGUGGCCCCUUGGACGUUUAUCAGCAGCUAUUUAAUUUCCAGGUCACGCACCCUGUUGUCCAUAUGAAACCCAACCCCGAUUACAAGAUUGGACAACUCGAUUCAGCUGUACAGUACAAGCAAGAAGUAGCAGGGGGUGUGCCAGAAGACUCUAUUAUCGAGAAAGAGGCGCGGCAUAGGAGACACUGGCGCUGGCUGAGGAGACUUCCAAACCUCGCUGGGCUCUUUUCCAGAGACUCGGAUUCUAUCCAUACUCACACAAGGCCAGGUACGGCUAUUAAUCCACCUCUGAACUCACAAUGGCACUUUCCUGGUCGCGAACGAUGGAAGGGCCUGGCAAGGUACCUAGACGAUACCACCAACGAUGGCCAUGGCGAGUGGGAUGGCAUCGAAUACGCCAAGACAUCGUUGAUUGCUGACUGCCCUUGUGUCAAUGUCUCCUUCUACUGGGACGUCCCUGGUCCAGUGCCGAAUAAUAUCGACCACAGCCGGCACAUCGAUCUCGCGCGCCCGUACGACAUCAACGGAAGCAUCCCACCUGACUAUGGCAUGGAUAUACAAAUCUUCGGAGGUACUAUCAACUACGGACCUUGGGCGGAUCGGCAUCGCGGCAUCUUUCAAAACAUGUUCUUCCCCGGCAACCGUGUUGAUGCCGUCCCAGCGACCCCUCUGAAAGCUGGCGACAUCCGUGUACAGUCCGUGUUCAAACUUUUCCUCAGCAUUGAGAAAGAUACUGUGUUGCGCAUACCAAUCCGCGAAUCAUCCAAGGAUUGGAAGUGGAAAGGAAAAGCGCACACGUUAGCGGCACACGAUAAGCCUGGGGCGGACAAGAACAAAGGCAAAGCAAAGUCUCGCAUAAGACGGGGAAAGCGACGAGACAACGCUGGUGCGCAGAACGUUCGUCCUUUUGCAUGGAUUGAUGUCAAGAUAGCCGAGCAAUCCACCGUCAAUUAUGUCAUGGACAUGUACGCCUCGAAGCAAGGAUACCAGAGCAAGGUAGACGUCGAUGUAGCGAGCACUGAGAUCUCCUCCAGUGUCAAUCACGGUCUGUUAUGGCGUUCUGGCGCUAUCACGCUUGACUGCGACUUUUCUAAUCCUUUAGGUUGGAACACAUUGCGGAAAUGGCUGUUCAACAUCAAAUGUCAAGAUCUAGAGCUCUUCUUGCUCAGGGAUCAUAUGUUCCUGAUUAUGGACCUCGUGGCCGACUGGGGCUCGGGUCCACCACCCGAUUACUUUCUUUUUGUGCCCUUUCAGUACCUACUCAGCGUUGACUUCUCCAACUUCAAGUUGUAUCUCAACACAAACGACUCCAACAUUAUAAACAACCCGUCUGAUCUGGAAGACAACAACUUUGUUAUCCUGUCCGGUCGUAACUUGCAAGGAGACGUGUCCAUACCAUUGGACAAGUUCCGGCCGCUUGAGAAUGAAAUCAAAUUCGACGUCAAAGGCCAGAACCUAGGUCUCGAGGUCUUGAUGCCUCAGAAGAACACAUUGCGGACCUUUGUACAAUCGCCGAAAGUAGCGCAUUUGGGUGGGCUCACUUUAAGCGGUAGUCAUACCUUCAUGACUGAGACAUCGCCUAUGAACACCGAUAGACUUUUCAUGGACAUCCAAGGUCAUAAACUCAACCUUGAACUAUACGGUUGGCUCAUACAUCAUUUCAUGAAGAUCAAAGAUAACUACUUCGGCGAUGACAUGCACUUCAAGACACUGGAGGAAUUCCAGGGGCUACCGAGUGUUACUUUAGCAGCAGACGGAACCCCGACGGACAGUCAACCAGCCAAACUCUCGAACGACCUGGAUGUAAUACUGUGUAUUUCUGCAGAUGAGUCAUGUGUACUAGUACCAGUCAACCUGUACGCAGCAGAGCGUGGCAUUCGAGCCGAUCUUCCAUUCGCCUCCGCGGAUCUUAGGUUUACCAACUACUACAUGGAUUUGAUGGUCAAUUUCAGUCCCAUCAGCGUCUCUCUUGGAGGGUUGGUACCAGACGCUGACAUACCUAACGAAUUUACAACUGGACCUACGGAGCUCUUCGUUGACUCAACAAUCAUCUUUGGACAUCGCUUGUUUGGUCUACCACCGACAGAGCCAACAUAUCUGUGUAGUUGGGAGUUCGACGUAGGAAAGAUUUCUGGAGAUUGUACAUCCGAGUUCGUUGAGACUGCAGCAGGAGCAGCGCGCUCAUUUGCUUUCACUCUCGACGAUGAUGAAAACACGCUUCCUCUAACCGAGUUCCCAGUGAUACACGAUGCGACCUUCCUAAGACUGACGACACAUGACAUCAGCGUCUGUGUACAUAUCGCCCAAGAAGCGUUGUUGCUCAAAACGAGUCCAGUGAGUGUUAACUUCAACGAUCUUGCCGGAAGUACGUUUUCUCAGCGACUGAACGUCUUAAUACCGGACUUCACAAUCAGUGCCGUUCCGUCCAAGUCUGUGUCGCAUCACAGAGCACGAUCCAAGGAAAAGGAAGCCGUCACUCCCCAGGCCUAUCUUCAAACCACUGUGUCGUUGAAUCUGCUGACACGGAAACUGGACUUCUCCGAGGAGCGCGCGCAGCAGCAGGCUCAUAUGCGAAUUCACGACAAACGGACUAAUCGCACUCGCUUCAUGCUUGCUGACGAACGGGGUUCAUCGUCACUUCAAGAUGACGCAAACCGACAAAACUUGCGUACACCAGCAAUGCAAUAUCCGGAUGUGCCCCAUCCAAUCUUCCUCUUCCAGCCACCUCACCAUCACAGUUCGUUCACACCAUCCAAACAAUCCUCGAAUGCCUCGUCAUCCAAAGCGCGACGAAUGCGCCCAAGCAGCAAGCGGUCGUCUUCAGCCCUGUCGUUUGCCAGUAGCAUCCGAUCUGCGGUCAGACAUAAGGCAUCCAAGAAGACCACAGGUAACAGCGGCAGCCGGACUCUGCUGAGCGGAUCACCAAACCCGGUGGACACGAGGCAUCGAUCCUACUCGCCCUUCAAAAACGAUGAACGUAUCAAGCAAGACUGGACACUGUCAUCUGUUGCAUUAUCUAGCAGUUUAGCUGUACCUUACUUUCCAUUCGAUCAGGUCGAGCCGGAUCUAUCGGAUGUUCCGUCUUUUCCUGCCAUACCCUCCAGCAAUCGCUUCCGGGAUGUCGACGACGUCGUCUUCAAUGAUGUAUCAACGAAGCAUUUGGACGAGAGCUUUACGCACAGUAGCAUACUGGUUAGCGCGGAACCAGGCAUACGCGUCUUCUGCACACCGGAGUUUGUUACAUGUAUCUCGAGUCUGAUUGAACUGGUUCAACCCAGGCGUCCUGAAGAUCUGUUGGAUGAUUUCCAAGUCAAUGUCAUGACAAAGAUUCUUGAGAACCGGAAUCGACUGGAAGGGAAGGGCAGCUCCGUUGAGUUCAACGUUCGCGUACCCUUUACACACGUUCGAUUUCAACACACCUUCCAAGCUCACUCCACAAAUGAGACAGGGCAGGAUCAAUAUGAUGUCAUCCUUAACAGGCUCACGCUGGCAGCAAGGAUUAAGAAGUUUCCCGGCGAACGAGCUGGGGAGAAUUCGCUUUCGUUACACUCCACCUUGGGUUCGCUUGGUCUUUCUGUGACCGAGCGUAAUCUUCAUGGCCCGGGUGGAGGAGUUGCUAUUCAGGCUGAAAUCAGGGAUGUCCUGUUGUGGAUGAUGCAAAGCAAAGAAACCUCGGUGAAUGUUUCUUUUCGGUCAUUGGAGAAUGCGGUCGCAAGCAAGAAGGUCGAAUAUUUGGCAGCGCUCAUUCACCGGACGACACUGUUGUCAGAGAAACUGGUUACAAGAUUUGCUGAAGUCGGGGAAAGACAACAGCAUCGACUACGCUACCUGGCCUGGUACCUCACAAGCGUACAAGACCAAUACCCGGAUCCCGCCUUUCUCACUAAAGCGUCCUACGCCAUUAGGGCAGCUAGAGACCAUCUGCGCAGUCAUGAUUCUUGGAAAAUUAUUUCCCGGUUUCGCUAUACCUGGCAAUGUCUUCCACAAGUCGAGAAAGACGCUAUACUUGGCGACUGCUCGCAGUCCGAUGUGGCAUGCCCUGAGAACGCCGAGCAAAAGAUUAUCGGCAUGUGGGACCAGUGGCGUACGUGGGACUUGGCGCAUGUGAAGAAGAGCCUUGCGAUGAGGCUGCUUUUUGGACAUGUUGAAGAACCGCUCCCAACUCCGGACUCCGCACCUUUACGUGUCGACAUUAGGUCAGCAGAAAUCAAGUUCAUCAUUGACCCUGGCCCAAGACAAAGCGAGGUAUCUUUGGGUCUCCUGGCCUUGAAUGUCGUCUUGUUGCCCCCAGCGCAACCUGCUGGGCUGAUGGUGGUAGAUGCAGGUACCCUGAAGAAGUCUACCGUCGUCCAAAUUAGCUCCAGGGACACGUCACUACAUGUUCAGUGGGAGAUUUGUGAGCUUGCGGAAUCUCUACUAGAACUGUUCCAGAAGGAGAACUUAAGAGCAGCAGAGAAGAUGAAGUCAAUAAGCCCGCCACUAGGACACAGCUCAAAACCCACAUAUGACCAUGAUCUGCAGGUGGUAUUCGCGACCGAUAAGGUUCAGAUUACGCUGGAUACUAUCAACCUUCGGAGCAUCAACACUGGCGGAAGCAUGCGAUUCUCUUUCCUCGAUGCAGACAGUAGAGCAUCAGGACUCGAGGAGAUCAUAUCCGCUCAUCUUCACGUCGAUGUCGCCGUGAGCGAGCUGUCAUCACGAUCUCGGCUCCUGGCCAAAACGCAAUUCGAACGACCAAGCAUCUAUUUCGCCAUGGUCGAGUCCGGAGAUGAGAACAAAACACCCAAUGAGAUCAAGGUGGCAGCUGCGAGUCGUAGGAUCGUUGUGAAGGUGCAAGAGGAUAUUCUAGGCCUCAUUGAAGUGGCGGAUAACGUGCUCAAGGAUGAGGCCGCGUACUUCCAUCGACAGUCUACAAACAUGAAGCGCUUUACGAGCACAACCGCGAAGGAAGAGAAGCGUGAUAAAACCCCCACUCAGCUGCCUAAUAUCUCACUUGCACUGUUCAUGGACGCAUAUCACAUCGAGCUUGCCGUGCUUCAGCCACUCGGAUGGUCGAUAACAGGCUCGUCGGGACGCAUCGCUGUCGUUCCAGCCUUGGGCAAGCAUGUCACCUUGCGCGUCGAUUACGAUCUCGAAGCGAACUUUCAUCGGCUGUACAGUACUUCGAAAGAAGGGUCCCACGUCAUCAGUUCGCUUGAGUUACCUCCUCUCAAUGGAAGGCUGUCAAUCAUGCAGACCGAGAAAGAGACCAGGGUUGAAGCGUCAGGCAUCGUCGAGAAGGUACAUGUUCAGGCUUCGGAGAUUCAGUCUUUCGUCGCGACCAUCAACAAGCCGGAGAUGUCACAUAUGUUUCAGGCGGUCCAGGACGACGUUGGGGUCCUGAAGACGCACAUUGAAGAGUUGUUCCCACCUUCAGCGAGCUCACCAGUAGUCAAAGCUCCUACCUCCUCACCGGAUAUUUUGUUCAAGGUGCAGAUGACGCUGCAUGGAAUGCACAUCUCAGCUAGUGCCCCUGGUCAACACCCAGACUCGCCGACAGCCAACCUCGCGUUCAGGCUGUCCACAGUUCAGCUGAAGGCCACAAACAUCGAUAUGGAUCAGAGAAUUAUGCUAUAUCCUGAAGCUGUGGUAAGAAUCCAUGAAGUUACCAUCGAUAUGAGCCUCAAGGAUCAAGAUUCGGUUCGUCGAUGCGGUAAUCUCACAUUCGGCGCCGUUUUCCAGGCAACUACCGAGAAGGAUUCUGAACCUGCCCGCAGGGUCUAUCGUCUCCGAAGCUCGGGUCUGGAAGUGAACGUCUUCGCGGACACAGCGUCAGCGGUGGUGGACGUAGUGAAUCAUCUUCAAGACAAGAUCAAAGAUCUAGACCUCUCCAAAGAGAAGAAAUAUCUACGUCGUCUCCGGCACACGAAGAGCAGGAUCUCUCACCGACGUGACCGCAGUCUCAAAAGUGAUGCGCGUCAAGACUCUGACAGCACCAGCUCUGGGGCUCUCUUUACGUCGACGUACUCCUUGGAACUCGUUGACCUGCAGGUCAGCUGGAUCGUCGGAAACUCGGUCGCUCCUUUUCCCCGAAAUGAGAUUCACGAUCUUGUGCUUUCUUUCGGAAAGAUCGACCUGUCAACACAGAAAGACGAUGCUGCGCGCUUGAUGGUUGAAGACAUGCGUUUACAAAUGGUACCGGUAUCGGCAAGCAAGAAGACGCGAUCUCUAAACUCAGCAUUGCUGCCCAAGAUGGUGUUCAACGUAGCGUAUGCCUCCACGAAAGAUACGCGCAAACUUGCAUUCUAUGCUGCCGGGAAAUCACUCGAUCUUCAGCUCGACUCGCACUUUGUCUUACCCGGCAAUGUCAUUGAGCGCUCUAUUGCUCUUGCUGGCAAGAAGUUCCGCAAAGCCUCUGCUAAUUGGAACAUGACACCUACGACCACCGGUGCACAGCGGAAGAAUCCAUUUGGAAACAAGCGUCUUGCAUCGCUGACCGCUGAUGUUAACUUUGCUGGAGCUGUCGUGCAUAUCCAUGGUAGUGAUAAGGCGCCAGUACAGGGCGCUUCUAGUCGAGCUCAACAAAAGGGACGCUAUAGCCAGUUUGUGGGCGACGAGUCGAAGAGCAGUAUGGCAUUACGAGCACCAGGUGUGGCAGUACGCGUCGAGUACACAGACGACGGAAGCGAUCCUUCUCUGAACGCCGAGCUUCGUGUUGAUGGGUCAACCAACACGCUACUACCGACUGUCGUGCCUAUCAUCAUCGAUAUAUCGGACAGCAUUAAAGCUGUGGUCCGCGAGAAGGACGACGAGGAUGAGGCUGUAUCGCCUGAGCAGCCUCAAGACCAGACUAAGCCAACUGCGAAGCUGCUUGAAGAAGACAACAUCAUCACCGCAGAUCCCACCACCAUCUUGGGUAGGACAAGACUGAACCUGGGACUCCGGAUAUGCAAGCAAGAGUUCAGUCUCAGCUGUCAGCCCAUUGCUCGUGUCACAGCAAUUGCCAAGGUCGAGGAUAUAUACAUCACAGUGAACAGUGUCAAGUCUCAAGAGCAUGGUCACUUCUUUGCUGCAUCAGCUACGUUCGAGAAACUCGUGACUACUGUUCAGCAUGUCUACUCUCGUGAGUCCACGUUUAGCUUGGACAUGGAGUCUAUCGUGAUUUCAUUGAUGAACAGCAAACAUCUCAGCGGUACCAGUGGUAUCUCGGCGAUCCUCAAGAUCAACCCGACCGCUCUCCAAAUCAAUGCGCGUCAGCUGCAAGACUUCCUGUUGUUCAGAGAAAUCUGGGUGCCGCCAGAGAUCCGUCGGGCUUCUAAGCCCACGUCACCGAGCGCCAACUCAGAACCACAGGAGUUCCUCAUACAACGAUAUCAGCAAAUCGCUGCUGGUACCGCUUUCCCUUGGAACGCCAAUGUGGCUAUUGCAGAUGUCAAGGUUGAUCUAGAUCUAGGACAAUCAAUCGGAAAGUCAUGGUUACACAUUCACAACAUGUGGGCUUCGUCCAAAAAGAGUACCACGUCGGAGCAGAACUUAUGUGUCGGGGUUGAAAAGAUUGGAAUUGAGAGUACAGGUCGCACGAGUGGCUUCAUCGAGCUGCGUGAGAUCAAAGUACGUACAUCGAUUGGGUGGCCAUUGCAAAAACCAGGCACUCGUCAAACGCCUCUCAUUCAAGCAUCAGUGGCUUUCCGUCAGCUGCGUGUAAGGACUGGAUUCGACUUCCAAGCUUUCGUGAUGGCGGAUAUCGCGGACUUCGGCUUCUUGAUGUACAACGUUCGCCCCGAGGGUGACGAUGUACAAGACCGACUGGUUGCUAUACUCGACGGUGGCAAGGUGCACGUAUUCUGCCACGCUACGAGCGCUGCACAGGGUCUUGCGCUAUGGCAAGCGAUCGAACGAUUAAUUCAGGAGAACCAACAAGCGUACAAGCAAUCUCUCCGAGACAUUGAGAAGUUUCUGCGUCGCAAAUCAUCAAUACCCGAACCAUUCGAACGACCAGGAUCACACAGCCAGAUCCUCGCGAAGCCGGACAAAGACAACUUCAAGACACCCAUCUCACUGCAUACAGACGUCGUCGUCACGUUAAGGUCGAUCAGAUUCGGUGUCUUCCCAUCAACUUUCAUAGACAACCAGGUCCUGAUGCUGGAAGCUGGUGACAUGCAAGCGCGCUUUGCUGUCGCACUCGAGAAGAAGACCAAGAUUCAUUCCAGUCUCGGCAUGACGCUCGGUCAACUCUCCGUCGCAUUAGCUUCAGUACCAACGCCAAAGAAGAGUAAACCCGUGACUGAGCUCACAGUUGAGGACGUUUCUGCAAGCGUCAGCUCGGCACGCGGCGGCACCAUCUUACGUGUGCCCAAGGUCAUUGCUACAAUGCAUACCUGGCAAGUGCCCAAGGGCACGCACAUCGAUUACCUCUUCCGCAGCUCCCUCGAAGGCAAAGUAGAUGUCGGAUGGAACUACUCACGCAUUUCCUACAUCCGCACCAUGUGGUCGAACCACUCGCGCACCCUUGCCUCCCGCCUCGGCAAACCCCUCCCAGAAUCCAACAUCAAAAUCAGCACCUCUCAAACUCUGCAGGAUGAUCCAGAUGCUCCCGCACCCGACCCUAACGCUGCCGACAAGACCGCCAUGCCUUCGAACCGACCCCGCGCUCCCUCCGUAUCUCCAGAUGGCCAAGAGAAGAUCACAGCUGUAGUCAAUGUCCCACAGUCACGCUACGAGUAUACGCCGUUAGAACCGCCCUUGAUCGAGACGCCGCAGUUGAGGGAUAUGGGUGAGGCGACGCCGCCGUUGGAGUGGAUUGGCUUGCACCGGGAUCGGUUGCCGAAUGUUACGCAUCAGAUUGUUAUCGUUACGUUGUUGGAGGUUGCGCGGGAGGUCGAGGAGGCUUAUGAGAGGAUUCUGGGGAGUAGUUGA